UGCGAGCGAACAGGCAAUCCCACCGUGCCUAAUUCGCUUGCAGAUGACUGUAAAGCCGCUGGAUAGAAACAACUACUGUCGCUGCAAAUGCAUCUGUCAGAUAAAGAAGGACACGCAAUAACUUCUUUAACAAUCGAGUGAUAGUCUAUAGAUUUCACUGUUUUACCUACGUUUACAAAGUCUGCUGUUUAUAGUGCGUUGCUAAGUUUUUUUUCUUUCUCCAGAAAAACCACGACCGCAUGUGAUAGCAUUAAAGUUUGCCAUUUUCGAAAUCCAAUCAUACACUUUUCCCGAUUUCGGUCACCGGUUUUUGUUCAACCUUCAACUUUUAAGGACUCGAAAGUAGAAGCCGGACUGGAAAAGCUUUUUUGGAGAUUGAUGUUUUACUGAAAUGGACGUGAGAGUAUAUCCACCUCCACCACAGUCAUUAUCAGCAACAGAUUCUUCCCGACUGGGACCCUUGCAGUAUACCGAUUCUCCGUACUGCAAUAAGUACGACAGUGAGACCAUGUUCCUGGGCAUGCCAGAGUCUGGCCUGGACUUUGUGCCAACCAACCAGUUCCGUGUGCCCCCCAACCCCCACCAGACGCAGCCCAACACCAAGCAAACUGGACCCCUGUGGAAACGAGACGGCCCCGCUCACUCUGAUGGCCCCCGACUACCCUGGGUAAAUUCCUACCCAGUACCCAGUUUGGGGGAUGAAGACUUCAACAUCCCCCCCAUCACACCACCCACAAUCCCAGAACACAUGCUGCACCCCCACCUACCUGAGUCGGAGUCAGGCUCCUACCACCCGUUGGCCCCCCCUCACUCCCAGAGUGGCCUACACCCCUUCCACCUGCAAGGAAUGGACAUGAUGGGUCAGAACGGAGGGCUGUUGAGCCAAAAUGGUGGUCUGAUGUCCAGCACCCUGUCUGUGAUGCAACAAAUGGUCAACUCUGAUUCCAGGUAUAACAGCCAUCAGCCAAUGGAAGCACUGAGACCCAGGAGCCAAUCAGGAAUGGGACACCAGAGUCAGCUGACCACCAUCAACCAAUCACAACUCAAUGCUCAGUUGGGACUGAGCGUGAACAGCGUUACCCAUAAUUCCCCAUCACCCCCUGGGAGCAAGUCGGCCACCCCCUCUCCUUCCAGCUCUGUACAUGAGGAUGAUAACGAAGAGGCUAUAAAGCAGGGAGAAAAGAGACCAGCAGCAGUGGAGACGCCCAAAAAGCCCAAGACCCCCAAGAAGAAGAAGAAGAAGGACCCCAACGAGCCCUCCAAGCCAGUUUCAGCUUAUGCUCUGUUCUUCAGAGACACCCAGGCGGCCAUUAAGGGUCAGAACCCUAACGCAACCUUCGGUGAGGUGUCCAAGAUAGUGGCCUCCAUGUGGGAUGGCCUGGGAGAGGAACAAAAACAGGUGUACAAAAAAAAAACAGAGACGGCAAAAAAGGAGUACCUGAAGCAACUGGCAGCAUACAGAGCAAGUCUGGUCUCACAGAGCUACAAUGAGCCGGGUGAGGUCAAGGUGUCCCAGGCCUCCUCCAUGCUGGGGCCCAAACCUCCCAUGUUCCCCGGAUCGGGCCAACAGCACCCCCACACUCACCACUCCCACCCCAGCCUGUAUAUGAGUCACCCGUACCACCACCAGAACCACCACCCCCACCAACACCAGCAGCAGUCCCAGCAGCACCAGGCCGGCCUCAGCCCCCACCUGUCUCCCCUCCAGGGACUCUCCAGAGGGGUAGCCCCCCGGCCUAGUGGACCCCACCCGGGUGGAGUGUCCCUGGGUAACAUGGCGGCAGCGUCCCCCCCUCCCCUCCAGAUCAGCCCGCCUCUGCACUCCCACGCCCACCUCGGAAUGCACCACCAGCAACAGCUUGGCGGACAUCCGCUGUCCCUUCACUCGCCCGCCAUGGGACAGGGAUUUCCUCUCCAAUCUGAAUUCCAGAACAUGAUCAACUCGUCUGGUGGUCAGGGAUUGUCCCCAUCCAUGGACUACAGACAGGUGUGUCGAAAUGGACCCAGCCAACACCUCGACUGGACCAGCGAGUACUGUGGCAAUGGAGCUCUUCAGAGAGACAAGCCUCUAUUCCUAACCUGAUCUGACCUCUAACCUCUACACACCUCCACUCUACCACCCUUGGACUGGACCAUAACCUGACCCGGUCUUCAUUCGUGCUCACUCUGCAUUCAUUGGACCAAGGCAUCCAAUAGAAACUUCUUGACGCUCCCGCUCCAUCUUGUCAAACACUCUGAACAUCACUCAGACAACAAAGGCAGACGCCCAUACUUCAAAACAUUCAUUUUUUGAUUUUGUUUAUGAAAAAGGCUUACUGAUGUCAUGACUCAUGAUUUCAGAUUUGUUUUAUAACCCACCACACCCCUCCCCUUGUGUCCAAUUAAAAUUUAAAGGUUAAACUUUGUACUGUUGUAUGGCCACAAAGGCACAAAGCAUCAUUGGGUAAGAAUAGUCACCACUGUGCUCACUGCUGAUAUGUCAUUGGAGUGUAUUUUGAAGAAGUCAAGCUGAUAAAAUAAGCAUAAGACCAUUGUUCAAAUCCCAGAAGUUAAUUUAGCACUUAGCACUUGGGUCCUUUUUCUCUCCACACAUACCAAGAUGUAAACUCAUACCCUAAACUGACUAUUAUUUUGAAAGUGAAAAAAACAAUAAUCUUUCUCAGAAAAAAAAAGUUUUAUAUCUCUCUUUUUUCCAUGUUUUCCUCUCUCUCCUCUCUCUUUUUCUCCCUCUCUGCUACUGGACGGCCUUGGAGACUGUUGUGUGUCUUUGAGCAGAGUUGCGUUGCUCUUUCUAAACUGAUGAUGAUGUUCACAGGAUCCUCUGACUGUGGACGGUGCCGAGGCUGGUUAGUAGCCAUAACCUCAAGCUGUACAUAGAAUUUUGUGUUACUCUUGCUCCUAGAGUAUAAAAAAUGAAAGCUUUUUUUUCAAGUGCAGUGUGAUUGUGAAUUGAUCGCACAAGUUUUAAUUUAACAAUCAAAGAAGGGAAAUUGGUUGAAUGGCUGAUAGUAGCUUGGAUUUUAUUGGGCAUAAAAAUUGUCAAUAUAAUGAUAUUUGUAAAAUAAAACUUGGUAAAUAAUUUGUUUUCAACCUGUGAAAAAGUACACCUAAGCUGCCCCUUUGUAAGGAAAACAUCCCAAAGUAUGAGUUUUGUGAAAUUAGACCAAGAAAAAUAAGUCAUAUUUUAUAAAAGGACAGAAUUUGUUUUUAAUGAUUGGACAUAUUGAUUAGAUGGAUUGUCAUUUAAGUCCUCUAACUGAGGUGGUAUAUCUUUAUCCACAGUAAGGGUCUGAUAAUGAGAGAAGGAAAGUGGUACAGACAGAUUGGUAGAGUGGCGAUAUAUAACCCUGACAUCUGGCUCGUUGCCUCUCUUCUGAUCACUCCUCUCUCUCUCUCUGUCUCUUUCUCCCUUUCUCAACCAAGUCUGUUCAUCAUGCUGAGCCUAUUUAUGAAAUUAUAACUGUAGGUGUUUUUUUAAGUCCUUAUGUUUAAUAGCGUUGAUGGUGGUUGUCUUCUCUGUUCCAUUUGGGUUUCCUUCUAUUUGGCAGAAAAAUGGCUCCAGGCAACAACAAUGUGAAGAAUUUUAUUCUUAUUUUUAGUUUUUAAUGUGUUAAAAAAAAUAAAGUCAAACCUGCAUUUCUGUGCAGUAAUCACUCCC